AUGUCACUUCGUCUCGCCACUCCCGUUGUGCGUUCUACUGCACGUGCCUUGGUUCGUCAGCAGCCCAUGGCUUUGGUCAAGAUUCACUCUUCUGCUGCCACUAAGAACAACGCCACCACCACCACUCAUGCCCCUGACCGUUUGCAUGGCUCCUACCACUGGGAUUUGGAGCGUGCCGCCUCUGCUGCUUUGGUUCCCAUCGUCGCUGGUCAACUUGCUUUUGGCGCAUCCCCUGUGAUUGAUACUCUUUUGGGUGUUGUUUUGCCUGUCCAUCUUCAUAUUGGUUUCGAUGCUUGUAUCAUUGAUUACUUCAACAAGCGCAAGGCUCCCGUUCUUGGUCCUCUUAUGAAGGGUACUCUCUACGCUGCUACUGCUGGUGUCCUUGUUGGUUGCUAUCAAUUCAACACCCAAGAUGUCGGUCUUAGUGAAUUCAUCCGUGCUUGCUGGGUCGCUUGA